GAAGGAAGACCUGCAGCCUGGAACUCUGGUUGUCACGACACAACAUUCAAUUCAAAAUACAUCUGCUAAUGAGAUCCAGCUGAUUGGACGGAUGCUUUAGGUCUUCGGUUAGUGUUUGACUUCAGCUUUACACGGAGGGUGACCCGCUUUGGCUUUCCCAGCAGCUCCCACUGGACCUCAAACGCAGCGGCAGCAAACGUUGUGCAGAUUUACCAUCCAACGUCAAAAUGCAACGAGUGAUUGUCAGGCAUCACCUCGUCCUCCUCUUCUUCCUCGAUCUCCUGAGCUCAGCUGAACUGGAGGCGGUGGAGAAAGUGGUCGUGGAGGUGAUUGUUGACAGCUCCCCCUGCAGCGCCACCUGUGGGCUGGGCAUUAAAACUCAAACCCUGUGUUUCUUAAACGAUUCUACGACAGCCAUGGAAGAAGGCGUGUUCAGGGAAGAUGGAGCAGAGGUGUUGAAGGAGUGUCGUGUCCGUAAGGUCAAGUGUCUGGAGUCGUGGCAGUGUGGACUCAGCACCCUGACUGUGACUUCAGGACAGAGAGUGGACAUUGAUUGUCUGGGAGAAGUCAUGGAAGCGAUGGGGAGGUUUUCCUGGCGGGUAUCGUGGCGAUAUGCCCGAGGAGUAAUCAGCUCUGACGACUCUCUGUUUGAUCGCUGGCAUGCUCCUCUGCUGGACCGGGUGAUUCUGGACCCCAUCACGGAGGAGGACGCAGGCACUUAUCGCUGUGUUGUGCAGGAUGCCACCUUCCACAUCGUGAAGACUGUUUACUGGGGGAUCCGGAUUUUGCCCAUCGGCGUUGUUAAUCUGGACUAUGGGGGCUCUCUGGCCCAGUGGGACUCCACCGGAAACCAGCAGAACCAGACCAUGUCAGACCAGCAAGACCACUGGAUGGCUCUUCUUUACACAGUGCUGAUCAGUUUGAGCCUGGCAGGCACCGGGGCUGGACUGAUCCUUCUAGGGCUCUACUGGACCCGCUGUAGGACUAACACACCUGCAGCCUUGAAGAUGCAAGUUAGCUCAACUUGAAGAUUAUCUUUAUUUCAACUAAGAACUUUAAGUACAUAAAGUUGAUAGAACUUCACUU